AUGCGUGAGAUCGUGCACAUCCAGGCCGGGCAGUGCGGCAACCAGAUCGGCGCCAAGUUCUGGGAGGUAAUCAGCGAUGAACAUGGCAUUGACCCCACGGGCAGCUACCACGGGGACAGUGAGCUGCAGCUGGAGAGGAUCAACGUCUACUACAAUGAAGCUGCUGGUAAGUGUCGAUGGGAGCACAGCAGGGUUCCUGUGAUACUGGCUGCCGACGGCAAGGCUGUAAUGCUGGUGCUGGUUCCUCCCACAGGUAACAAGUAUGUCCCCCGUGCCAUCCUUGUGGACCUGGAACCCGGCACCAUGGACUCUGUGCGCUCCGGCCCCUUUGGACAGAUCUUCCGCCCCGACAACUUUGUCUUUGGUCAGAGCGGGGCUGGCAACAACUGGGCCAAGGGGCACUACACAGAAGGCGCUGAGCUGGUGGACUCUGUGCUGGACGUGGUGAGGAAGGAGUCGGAGAGCUGUGACUGCCUCCAGGGCUUCCAGCUGACCCACUCGCUGGGCGGAGGCACGGGCUCUGGCAUGGGCACCCUCCUGAUCAGCAAGAUCCGCGAGGAGUACCCCGACCGCAUCAUGAACACCUUCAGCGUCAUGCCCUCGCCCAAGGUGUCGGACACGGUGGUGGAGCCCUACAAUGCCACCCUCUCUGUGCACCAGCUGGUGGAGAACACGGACGAGACCUACUGCAUUGACAACGAGGCCCUGUAUGACAUUUGCUUCCGCACCCUGAAGCUGACCACUCCUACCUACGGGGACCUCAACCACCUGGUGUCGGCCACCAUGAGCGGCGUGACCACCUGCCUUCGCUUCCCCGGCCAGCUGAACGCCGACCUGCGCAAGCUGGCGGUCAACAUGGUGCCUUUCCCGCGGCUGCACUUCUUCAUGCCGGGCUUUGCCCCGCUGACCAGCCGCGGCAGCCAGCAGUACCGCGCCCUGACGGUGCCCGAGCUGACGCAGCAGAUGUUCGACUCCAAGAACAUGAUGGCCGCCUGCGACCCCCGCCACGGCCGCUACCUGACGGUGGCCGCCAUCUUCCGGGGCCGCAUGUCCAUGAAGGAGGUGGACGAGCAGAUGCUCAACGUGCAGAACAAGAACAGCAGCUACUUUGUGGAGUGGAUCCCCAACAACGUCAAGACGGCCGUCUGCGACAUCCCCCCACGCGGCCUCAAGAUGUCGGCCACCUUCAUCGGCAACAGCACGGCCAUCCAGGAGCUCUUCAAGAGGAUCUCGGAGCAGUUCACGGCCAUGUUCCGGCGCAAGGCUUUCUUGCACUGGUACACCGGCGAGGGCAUGGAUGAAAUGGAGUUCACGGAGGCCGAGAGCAACAUGAACGACCUGGUCUCUGAAUACCAGCAAUACCAGGAUGCCACUGCUGAUGAGCAGGGCGAGUUUGAAGAGGAAGGAGAGGAGGAUGAGGCUUAAGCUGCCUGGGAUCAAAAGAACUUCUGUAAAGCGGGCAUGCAUCUGAAUGACUUCUGGUAGUGGUGGUGGUAAAGCAUGUUUUCUAGAAACUAUGUACCCAAUUAUCCUCUCAGCAUUUUUGACUUUUGCCAUGUUUCUCCAUGUAACAGUUCUGAAUCCUAGUUCUUACAAUGUUUUUUCUCCUUUAAUAUUA